CGCAAUAUCAUAAACUUAUCAUAGCUCCAAAGGCAAGCCGCAAGGCGUGACAAGAAGCUGAUAGAAUUUUGACUAUUACAAUCAUCUAACAAGAUGCUUGGGCGUGCGACGUGGCAGUCCAUAUGCCAUUGCUUUAUUCCUCUCUUUUACAAUGGUCGGUUGUAUUCCGGCAUCUCAUAUUUCUCAUCAAUCCCACCAUUUCCUCAUUAAGUAUAUAUUUUUCUCUCUUUGCUAGCUGCUGCUGCAACCGAAGCAUAGUCAUUUCCAUCUCACCCACAGAACUUGUCAGAUUUCCAUAACUGAUUUUAGUUAACAGAUUUCAAUGAAUACAGUCGCUAGAAUCUGCGCUGUACGUCUACUUGAAGCAUAGACUCUACAUAUUCAUUGCCAAUUAUUGUAUAUAGGUUUAAAGUUUUCGGAUUGGUAAUUGUGAAGAAGAUAAGAGAUGAAUGGAAGGAAUUGAGCUACAUUUGCAGUUAGUACGUCGUCGUGGUGUUUCGAGAGAGAUACAAUUAUGAAUUCAAGUUCAAAAGAAGCAGACUAUACACCAAAGCAAGAAGACAAAUCAAGUGAAAGCAAGAUAUUAUCCAAGGCCUCAUCCAGUUCAACUUCAUGGUCAAGAUUGAAGGAUCCCCGAAUUGUACGAGUUUCGCGUGCUUUUGGAGGGAAAGACAGACAUAGCAAAGUGUGCACAGUUAGAGGGUUGAGAGACAGACGUGUGAGAUUAUCAGUUCCUACCGCCAUUCAACUCUACGAUCUUCAAGACAGAUUAGGCCUUAAUCAACCUAGUAAGGUUGUUGAUUGGUUGCUUAAUGCGGCUAAGAAUGAUAUCGAUGAACUUCCUCCGCUUCAAGUGCCACCAGGAACCUUCUCACAAUUUCAUCAAGCCAUGUUAAGUGCUUCUCAUGGAGUUAAUGCUGCUCAAUCAGUUGAGAAAUCGGGACAAGUUAACUGGAAUGAUCACUUGGAACUAUCAACGUCGAAUUAUUGGAGCAAUUCAGAUGGGAAUUUGAGGGAUCAGAUGAAAUCAAAGGAAAUUGUCGAAGAAACAAAAAGGAAACAAGAUGGAGAUCUUGAUCAAGGCUCUAAUGAUGCGUAUACAGCUUCAAGCAAUUUCUUCGAAAGAGGUAAUCAAUCCAAUCCCCCAGCAGGUAUGCUAAUUAACAAUAUGAUCCCUAUAUCAAAUCCUUCAUAUUUAAGAUGGGAUCCUUCCAACUUAUCGCGGUCACAUACAGAAGAUAUUCCAAUAUCACAAUCAAGUUCUUUGUCCAUGCCAUCUGGAUCUCAGUUUGUUGUUUAUCCGCAUGCGCGAGAAUUUGAUCCUAAACAGAUGUUCAACUUUCAGAUGUUAGGCUCGAAUAUUGCUUCACAAAAUUCUCCCUUUUCGAAUCCACCUUUUACUCCAUUCCACUUGAGCAGGGAUUCUUAUAGUGGAAGUGCACCAAACAAAGAUGAAUGAAGACUUUAAGUUUUCUGAUCUUACCUGAUUUAUACAUAUUGAUUGUAGAGAUUACACCCCUUUUUUGUUCUGCUGAAUCAAGAACAGCAAGUUUAAGGGACAUCAAAGAUAAGAUAUAUGAAGAUUGACAGGUUCGAUUUUUCGAGUUCAUCAGAAUUUUUAGCAACUAUAUGUAAUAGUUGUUGCAUGGGGAUGAUCUUGGUUUCUAUUAAUCUGGUGGCCAUUGUAUCGAAGAAAAAUUAAGAUGUAGCAUAUAUACAUCUGAUUGAUUGGCAUAAUUCUGAGGACAGGAACAGCUGGUAAGUUUAUGCUUUGAUUGCUGCUUGUAGCAUUUUAUGUUCUUACCUUGCUGGAGGACAUUUGUAUCUAGGCCAGGAUUUAUAUGUGUGUAUAUUGGAUGAAGUAUGUCGUUGCUGGACUGAUAAAUUUAUUACACCUUAUUAAUGUAA